AUGAGCAGUGAUGUUACUGCAUGCAUAUGGUACUUCAUCGUCAUUGAUGAUAUAUGGACUAUAAAUGAAUGGGAAACAAUAAGCUGCGCCUUCAUGGAUAGUGCCCAUGGAAGCAGAAUACUGACAACUACUCGUAAUCUAGAUGUUGCUCAAAAGACGGGGGCUGUUUAUAAGCUAGAACCACUGUCUAGUGACAAUUCCAAAGAAUUAUUAUAUAGAGGAUUAUAUGGUGGAAAAGGCAAAUGCCCCAAUGAUCAUCCAGACGAGUUAACAAAAAAGAUAUUACAUAAAUGUGGUGGAGUACCGUUAGCCAUCAUAACAAUUGCUAGUUUAUUGCAUGGCAAACCAAGGGAUGAUUGGUCCCAGGUGUAUACCUCUAUUGGUUUUGAAUCUGGAGAAAACAAAGAAGUGGACAACACAAGAAAGAUAAUACUAUUUAGCUAUUAUGAUCUACCUUGUCAUCUGAGGACAUGUUUACUGCAUCUAAGCAUAUUUCCUGAGGACUACAAGAUAGAUAAAGAAGUUUUGAUAUGGAAAUGGGUAGCCGAAGGUAUUGUCCGUGAUGAACCAACGGAUAAUAACUUUGUUAUUGUAUUGGAUAACAACGAACAUCACACAUCUCCACAAAACAAGGCUCGUAGAAUAGCCGUCCAAAAUGGUGUACUAGAGCAGGACAACCAUUUGGCUAAAACGCAAAUGCCGCAAGUGAGGUCAUUUUAUGCCAUUGCAUGCCGCAUAAGUGUGAUGCCUUCACUUUCAAGCUUUGAAGCUUUGCGCGUCUUGGAUAUCGGGGGGUAUGCAAGAAGCAUGAUUUUUGAAGGUGGUCAUCAUCAUCUUGAGCAUAUCGGGAAGUUACUUCAGUUGAGGUAUCUUGGACUAUCGAACAUCCAUAUUUCCGAGGUGCCAGAAGAAAUAGGUUAUCUUCGUUUCUUGCAGACGUUGUACCUGGAGUCGCAUUGGAUAGAAGAAUUGCCGCAUAGUGUUGGUCUGCUAAGUCAACUGAAGUGCCUGCAUGCUCAAAGCUGUUAUCGUCAUCUAACAGUGCCUGAUUGGAUAGGGAACCUGACAUCCUUAGAAGAGCUGCGGUUGGAUGAAGUCGAGUCCCCAAACUUCCCAGAAGAGCUACGCAAACUGGAACAGCUGAGAGUUCUCUGCAUUCGUUUUCCUGAUCCAGAAGACGUGAGCCGGUCCAGAGCUUUGUUGGAGUCUAUAGCCAAUCUGAAGAAAAUCCAACGGCUAGAACUCAUCUGUGAUUGUGACUCCGAAAAUAGAUUUUAGAGCAGGUGCGCCCCGGCCCGCCUAUCCUGGCCAUCCAUAUACCUAGGGAUUGGGGCCAGCCGUUCCCGUAAUUGACCCACGGCGGCUGUUACGAGCGGGACGAGACUGUUACGCG